AUGGGAAUCGGUAAUCGCGGCGCUCUAGUCGCCGCUGCGACUGGUAAAUGGGUUUUUGGCGGGUAUGAGCGGGGUUCGAAAAAAGUCUUCAUUGUAGCCGUGGAAAAUAGAAAAGCGCAAACACUGUUAAAUGUAAUUAAAAAAUGGAUACUUCCAGGAACAACAAUAAUCUCCAAUUGUUGGAAGGCCUAUAAUUGCCUUAAUAACGAAGGAUAUAAACAUUCAACAGUGAACCAUUCGUAUAACUUCAUCGAUCCCGACACUAGUGCACAUACAGAAUCUAUCAAAAGAACGUGGAGUGAUAUCCGUCAAAAUAUUUCCAGAUAUGGAAAUAAAGAAGAGGAUCUAACUUCAUAUCUAGCAGAGUAUCUUUUUAAAAGAAGUCAUACACGAGCUGAAAGAAUUGACGCUAUGUUUCAAGAAAUCGCGAAAUUCAAAAUUGUUAAUUCGCAAACUGACAGUAUUCCUAGUACGGCAUAG